AUGAAUGACCUUUUAAGACCAUAUCUACGACGGUUUGUUCUUGUUUUCUUUGACGAUAUUUUAAUUUACAGCAAUUCUUAUUCUGAUCAUUUACUUCACUUAACUUUGAUUUUAGACCUACUUGCUUCAAAUAAGUUUGUUGCAAAACUUUCUAAGUGUGUUUUUGCAGUUCCUAAGGUUGAGUACCUAGGUCAUGUUAUCUCUUUAAGUGGUGUGACCCCUGAUCCAGACAAAAUACAAGCAAUAUUGGAUUGGCCGAAGCCACGAUCACUCUCGCAACUCAGGGGAUUUUUGGGCCUUACCGUUUUUUACAGACGUUUUGUCCGCCACUACGCCACACUCGCCGCUCUACUCACCGAUUUAUUACGUUCCAUUAAGUUUACAUGGAAUACAGAAGCUGAGCAUGCUUUUACAAGUUUAAAACAGAUUAUGACUAAAACUCCAGUGAUUGUUCUUCCAAACUUUGGCAAGACUUUGUUGUAG